AUGGCUAUACAAUUAACAGAAGAACAAAUCACGUAUACCACUAACACACUUUCCAAUAAUGGUCUGACGGAUCGAUAUAUCUCCAUAGAGGAUAUUCCGAAUGCCGAAGAAGGAAAUACUGUUAUUGAGGCGACCAACUCGCCUCAAGAAUCGAGCCAUGAAUAUGAGUUGAGUCAAUCAGAAUCGUUGUCUUUUUUGUAUAAUCUUCUAUACGAUGAAAACUCGGCCCUAAAAAAAUCAGAAAUACUAAGCAUUUUAAAUUCAUUAAAAUUAAGAGAGGACAAUUUGCCUUUUUCUAUCCAGAAUCUAAAUGAGACUGACUGCCAGGGUGUAAUAUGGCCAUCAGACUUACGAGAAAAAAUUGCUAUUGAUAGAGCAAGAAUAGGAGAAAUGAAUUGGUUUUAUAAUAUUUCAAAGUCCAGAGAAUCUAUUAGAGAUCAUUUUAAUUUUCAGACCUAUGGAACAAAAACUAAUUUUUUUCAAUUCCACAAAUUUUUCUGCAAAUUAAAACUACAUAUCACACAUUUCCAGUUAAGGAAUUUGGUCUGCUGCAGCGAAAACCUAUCUAAUGGAAUUUUCUAUCCUCUGAGUCAUUUAUAUGAUUAUAAUUUUCCUAUAGAUGCGACCAGUACAGAUGAAUGCCAAACAUUUUUUAGAGUUAAUCGUUUGAUGCCAGAUGAUCAAUUAACAAAGGAAAGAAAUGGAAUGAAAUUAGACUGUCUCAUGGAAUCCAGAUCAUUAUUAUAUAAUUCAAACAGUAGAAUAUCUACUAUGACCUGUUCCAAUAGGAUACUUGCAUGUGGUACUUUUGAAGGUGGUUAUAUUUUGCAAAAUAUUUCAAAUCCGACACGUCCAGAAUUGAUAGGUGAAUUCAAUUUGACGAAUGAUUCUGAGGGAAUUACGAACCAUAUAGCGAUACAUGAUGAUAGAGAAUUGAUUAUUUCUUCAAAUGAUAAGGUAUUGAGAAUAAUAGAUAUGACCACGGGUUCUACAGAACUGUAUAAUUUGCCAUUCUCGAUUAAUUGUCUUAGCAUAAAUCCCCAUAACCACAAUGAAUUUAUUAUUACUGGUGAUCAUGUGAAUUCGUUUAUCUUGGACAAGAGAAUGCCCUCAAUUGAUUACAGUCAGGAAUGUAGAGGACAUAAGGAUUAUGGUUUUAGUUGUGAUUGGUCACCUAAAAAUGAAAACAUUCUAGUUACAGGUAACCAGGAUAGUAGCAUCAAGAUUUGGGAUAGGCGAAAUACAAAGGAGAGUGUGCAUUGUUGGAAUAGUGCGUUAGGGACUUUAUCAGCUCAAGGUGCGCCAGUAAGAAAUUGUAAAUUUAGUCGUAAUGGUGAAUAUCUAAGCUGGGCGGAAAGUUUAGAUCAUGUGGGUAUUAUUCAAAUGGCUGAUUUAUCAAAUUCUGAUAAUUAUUUACUGAGAGUUCAAUCAAUAGAUUUUCUUGGUAAAUGUGCGGGUUUAAAUUUUGCUCCUAUGGAAUAUGGUUAUGGUGAGGACUUGAUUAUAGGUGUGAAUGAUUGUCCAUUGGGUGGGAUCUUAAAUUAUAAACUAGAAAGUAAAUGCAAAUCCUUAGACUUUGAUUUUUAUUUUUAA